GGUCGUUGGUUAUUACAGUUACCACCAGCAAAAAAUAACCAACAAGUUGACGAGUACUGGAAAAAUAUUAUAUUGAGUAUAAUCGGUGAAAUAUAUGACCAAAGUUCUGAAAUUAAUGGAGCWAUAGUUAAUGUACGAGCCAAAGCAACUAAAAUAGCAGUAUGGACAAACAAUGCAUCAAAAGAUAACGGAAGUAACAUUAUGGCUAUAGGAAGGAAAAUAAAGGAAGUUUUGGGCGCUCAAAAUGAAAAGAUGGUUUAUGAGUCUCAUGCAGAUACAUCAAAUAAACAAGGAUCAUUUACGAAACACUCAUUUAUGAUAUAAAUUAGCAAAGUUGAAAAACAAAUGUUUAAAAAUAAAACGCAUUUAAAAUAAAAAAUUAAUAUU